AUGUCUCCAUCAGCAACAACAGAACUCGGCCCUGCUAGCGGUCCCGAUGUCCAACUCAAGCCAGAAGAGAAACCCACACACAAGGCUCCCCGCCAACAUGCCUCACACGAAGAAUAUCAAUACCUCGACCUGAUUCGUGACAUUCUCGAACAAGGAGAGCACCGUCCAGACAGAACCGGUACCGGCACAUACUCCAUCUUCGCCCCUAAUCAGCUCCGCUUCCGACUCUCCGACAAGGAUACCGGCAAACUCAUUCUACCUCUCCUCACCACAAAACGCGUCUUUCUCCGCGCCGUCAUUGCUGAACUCCUCUGGUUCGUUGCCGGAAGUACCACCUCAACUCCUCUCACCGAACAAGGCAUCAAAAUCUGGGACGGCAAUGGUUCACGCGAAUACCUCGACUCAGUCGGCCUCUCACACCGCGAAGUUGGUGAUCUCGGCCCUGUCUACGGCUUCCAAUGGCGCCACUUUGGUGCAGAAUACAAGGACGCAAAGACCGACUACACUGGACAAGGUGUAGAUCAACUAGCAGAGGUCGUGCACAAGCUAAAGAACAACCCCUACGACCGCCGUAUAAUUCUCUCCGCCUGGAAUCCCGCAGACCUCAAGAAAAUGGCUCUACCACCUUGCCACAUGUUUGCGCAAUUCUACGUCUCGUUCCCCAAGGAUGCAGCUACCAGGGCGGAUGGCUCCAAGCAAGGAACCCUUCACUCUAUCCUCUACCAACGAUCGUGCGACAUGGGUCUGGGUGUUCCGUUCAAUAUUGCCAGUUAUGCUCUUCUCACACACAUGCUGGCAAAGGUGUGUGACUUGGUCCCUGGCACCUUUACACAUACCAUGGGUGAUGCACACGUCUACGCCGAUCACGUUGAUGCUCUCAAGCUUCAGAUUGAGCGUGUGCCGAAAGAGUUCCCUGAGCUGGUCAUCGAAAAGUCUGAUGAUGAGCUCUCGAUCGAUGGAUGGAAGGUUGAAGAUUUCAAGGUCAUUGGAUAUGAUCCCCACAAGGGUAUUGCAAUGAAGAUGUCUGUAUAG